UUUCUGCUUCCGGGUGCCUCCUCCUUCUAAGGAGGCUUCCCGAAUUGACUCACAAGCUGUCAUAUUUAUUGUCUUUUUAUUUUUUCCUGUUCCUUGGAGUUAUUUAUCAUUAUACAUAUCUCCGAACUGGGUCAGGCUUCUAGUUGAGGAGUCGUUACAAUGGCGGUGUCAAGCCGCGUGCUCUUGCUCGCCUUUCUAUCUGUUUUAGUCUCAGCCGUGGUUGGCCAAGGAGACAACAAGUUUCAAAACGUGACCUAUGAUGGAAGGUCUCUGAUCAUCAAUGGAAAAAGAGAGCUUCUCUUUUCGGGUUCCAUCCAUUACACUCGUAGUACCCCGGAGAUGUGGCCGGAUCUUAUCUUAAAGGCUAAACAUGGAGGUUUGAAUGUGAUUCAAACUUACGUGUUUUGGAACAUCCAUGAACCUGUGGAAGGACAGUACAAUUUUAAUGGAAAUUAUGAUUUGGUGAAAUUCAUCAAGCUGAUAGGAGAGCAAGGAAUGUAUGUGACCCUCAGGGUUGGGCCAUUCGUCCAAGCUGAAUGGAACCACGGAGGACUUCCAUAUUGGCUAAGAGAGGUCCCAAACAUCAUAUUCCGUUCUGAUAAUGCUCCAUUCAAGAACCAAAUGAAAAAAUAUGUGAAGAUGAUUAUAGAUAAGAUGAAAGAGGAGAAACUAUUUGCUUCACAAGGAGGACCAAUCAUAUUGACACAAAUUGAAAAUGAGUACAACCACAUUCAACUUGCAUAUAGAGAUAUGGGAAGCAGAUAUGUUCAGUGGGCAGCAAAAAUGGCAAUGGGGAUGAAAACUGAAGUUCCAUGGAUCAUGUGCAAGCAGAAGGAUGCUCCUGAUCCAGUGAUCAAUACAUGCAAUGGAAGGCACUGCGGAGACACUUUCACAGGACCAAACAAACCCUACAAGCCUUCUUUGUGGACGGAAAACUGGACCGCUCAGUACAGAGUAUUCGGAGACCCUCCAUCUCAAAGAGCAGCAGAAGAUAUUGCAUUUUCAGUUGCCCGAUUCUUCUCAAAGAAUGGAACUCUGGUCAACUACUAUAUGUACCAUGGUGGGACUAACUUUGGUAGAACAAGUGCUGUCUUUACAACAACUCGCUACUAUGAUGAAGCUCCCAUUGAUGAAUAUGGUUUGCAGAGGGAACCCAAAUGGAGUCACCUUAAGGACUUGCACAAGGCUUUAAAUCUAUGUAAGAAGCCUCUGCUAUGGGGUGAACCUCAUGUUGAAAGUUUGGGCAAGCAUACAGAGGCUCAAGUCUACGAGAAUUCCGGAUCAAGAAUCUGUGCUGCAUUUUUGGCAAACAACAACUCCAGAUCGGCAGCAAAUAUACAUUUCAGGGGCGAGACAUAUUACCUGCCACCACGUUCAAUUAGCAUCCUCCCUGAUUGCAAGACCGUGGUCUACAACACACAAACAAUUGUAUCGCAACAUAAUGCAAGGAACUUGAAGAAAUCAGAGGUUGCAAAGAAUCUUAAAUGGGAGAUGUCCCCAGAACCCAUCCCAAGUGUCGAGCAAUUGCCAGUUGACUCCAAAACUCCAAAGGAGCUCUACAGUUUUUUGAAGGAUACCACAGAUUAUGCGUGGUACACCACUAGCAUAGAGUUGGCUCCCGGAGACUUGCCAAUGCGGGCCGAUAUUCUCCCAGUACUACGCGUAGCAAGUCUUGGUCAUGCCUUGCAUGCAUUUGUGAAUGGCGAAUAUGUUGGAUCCGCACAUGGAAGCCAUGACGAGAAGAGUUUUGUCUUUCAAAGUGCCGUGAACUUCAAGCCUGGGGUCAACCAUAUAGCGCUCAUUGGCAUGACCGUGGGACUCCCAGAUAGCGGAGCCUACAUGGAGCACAGGUUUGCCGGUCCUCGCUCUGUAACCGUCCUGGGUUUGAACACAGGAACACUUGAUCUGUCAAUCAAUGGUUGGGGGCAUCAGGUUGGAUUGACAGGAGAAAAGGUUAAGGUGUUCACUCAGUCAGGAUCACACAGGGUAGGAUGGAAGAACGCCAAUGGACAAGGACCUGCUCUUACGUGGUACAAGACAUAUUUUGAUGCUCCUGAAGGGAAUAACCCCGUUGCUAUCAGAAUGAAUGGUAUGGGUAAGGGGAUGGUUUGGGUCAAUGGAAAAAGCAUUGGCCGUUACUGGGUGUCCUUCCUCUCUCCUCUUGGAAAGCCUUCUCAGUCAGAGUAUCAUAUCCCAAGAUCCUUCAUCAAGCCAACAGAAAAUCUCCUUGUUGUAUUGGAGGAGGAGAAAGGGAACCCAGAAGACAUUGAACUCGUACUUGUCAAUAGAGAUACUAUCUGCAGCCUCGUAACUGAGUAUCAUCCACCCCAUGUGAAGUCGUGGCAAAGGAAGGACAGUAAAAUUAGGCCUGUUGUGGACAUUGUGAAGCCAGCAGCUCAACUGCACUGUCCAAACCACAAAAAGAUUGUUGCUGUGGAGUUUGCUAGCUUUGGUGAUCCUUAUGGUUCCUGUGGAAGCUUCGCUAUGGGCAAAUGCAAUGCUCCAAUUACCAAUGAGGUUGUUGAGCAGCAUUGCUUGGGAAAAACUUCCUGUUCAAUUCCAAUUGAACGAGAGCUUUUCAUCAAGGACAACGAUGCGUGUCCGGAUGUCAAGAAGACACUUGCUAUACAAGUGAAGUGUGAACACAAUUAGCAUUAAAGAGGAUGAGAUCCGAGUUACACGAGUGUUUGCAUGCGAUCAUGGGUUCGAAUGGUGUCUGUCUGUUAAGCUCAUGCAUGAUAGUUUCAAUGGGAAAGCAGGCUCGAGAGUUACUGAAGUACGAUUUUUUUUUUUUUGUUUUGUUUUUAUAAACCAGUAAUCGAGUACUUAAAUUCAUGGUUGUAUUCACUUUUUUAUAUCUUUUUAUUUUGCUUGAUCCCUUCAUAAAUAUACAUGCGGAAUUACUCUACGAGGUAUUGCAUCCAUUGAAGAUGCAAGUUGCUCUCAGAGCAAAUUGAUUUCAUACACUCCCAUUCUUUUUCCUUCUAA